GGAGGGAGAGAGGGAGGAGGAGGAGGAGGAGGGAGGGCGCCGGGCUGCGCUGCGCUGCUAGUCCGGAGCGGAGCCUGGCAGCGGCAGGAGCGGCGGCGCGGGGUGCGCAGCAGCCGGAGCCUGCUGGACGGAGGCAGCCCCGUCCCCCCGCCCUCCCUCCCCUCGCCUCUUUCUUUGUGCGCAGGGCAGGGGCGGCCCCGAUCCAUGGUCAUGGGCGACAAGAAGAGCCCGACCAGGCCGAAAAGGCAAGCCAAACCUGCAGCCGACGAAGGCUUUUGGGAUUGUAGCGUGUGCACCUUCAGGAACAGCGCGGAAGCCUUCAAAUGCAGCAUCUGCGAUGUCAGGAAAGGCACCUCCACAAGAAAACCUAGAAUAAACUCUCAGUUGGUGGCACAACAAGUUGCCCAGCAAUAUGCAACACCACCACCACCUAAGAAGGAGAAGAAGGAGAAAGUGGAAAAACAAGACAAAGAAAAACCUGACAAAGAGAAGGAAAUUAGUCCAAGUGUUACAAAGAAGAACACUAACAAGAAGACUAAACCAAAGUCGGAUAUUGUGAAAGAUCCUCCUAGUGAAGCAAACAGCAUACAGUCUGGGAAUACUACAACAAAGACCAGCGACUCAAAUCACACUUCAAGACCCAGACUGAAAAAUGUGGACAGAAGUACCGCACAGCAGCUGGCAGUCACAGUGGGAAAUGUCACAGUAAUUAUCACAGACUUUAAAGAAAAGACUCGCUCUUCAUCCACAUCAUCUUCUACAGUGACCUCCAGUGCAGGAUCAGAACAACAGAAUCAGAGCAGCUCGGGCUCUGAGAGCACAGACAAGGGCUCGUCCCGUUCCUCCACACCCAAGGGAGACAUGUCGGCAGUCAACGACGAAUCUUUCUGAAAAAUUGCACAUGGAGUUGUGGAAACUAUGAAUCAGGGUAUGAAAUUCAAACACUCCACCUGCCCACGCUGUUCAAAUCCUGGAGAGCCUCUUCUGUGCUUGAACACACUUUCUCGGACAUCGACCUCUUACUGAUGCAACCAGGAUAAUUUCUGCUUGCCGUGGGCAUCUGGCCACCAAGGAAUUUCUCACCCUAGCGAUUACUCUUGACACUUUUAUGUAUUCCAUUGUUUUAUAUGAUUUUCCUAACAAUCAUUUAUAAUUGGAUGUGCUCCUGAAUCUACUUUUUUAUAAUAUCUGCUGUGCACAAUUUUCCAUGAACAUGACAACUUUUUGUUUUGGGGUAGGGAGCGGGUGGGGUGGGA